AUGAGCGGUACUCCUCGACUUCGUUCAGCGUUCCCCUCCACGCCCCAGACCAGCCAGAAGGGGCGCUUUCGAACCUCAAACAAUGGCACCCCCAUAGUCGGCGAGAACGUGGGCACGCCCCGAAAGCUACAGGAUCUACCCUCGCCAGCCAAACCCUCAGAGACCGCCGCACCCUUGAUACCCUUCGACAUAAUAGAUGCGCCGUCGCAGCGAUUCUACGUAUUCAGCGUCUAUGUCUUUCUAUUUGCAUACCGGCUGUACGACUUCUACAACUUGACCGUGGACGAGGUGGAAUCGUUCUGGCUGUUCAUGAAAUGGGUGGCCUUCGAUGGGGUCUUUCUCUUCCUCCUGCCUGCCAUGCGCAUACCCUGGCUAGAAUGGAAUGUCGGGACUGUGCUACUCCUGUUCUUUCUCCAUGCGACUCUCGACGGCAUGUUGAUGUUUAGAAUUCCCCUUCCAAUACCAGCACUGCUGGGCGCUCUGUGGAAAGUCUUCUUCGACGAUGAAAUGGCCAUUACCGAACACAAAGUAAACGUGGGGAAGCUUCUUCACAAUUCUUCUGUGAUUCUUGGAAAACAAAUUAUCAAUAUACUUCCUGAGGGGUCUGCUGUGUUGAAUCCGAAAAAGGAGCCAUUCUGCCUCGAUUCGACAGUCCACCAAAUUCAAAUUCCUAUCCAGAUCAAUCAAACAACCCCUGUGCUGAUAGAGAUAAUGCGAAUCGACCUGGAGACUAUGCAGAACGAGACGAUCUCGAUAUCUGCAUCAGCGACAAGGAAGCUCAUGAAGGCUGCACGCAAAAGCCAGAAAGCAGCCAGUGCAGCCAGCCCACUCCUUUUGCAUUAUCCGGUGAAGAAGACGGGCAUAUACAUACUCCGGAAAGUGCUGGAUGAAACGAAGCUCGAGGUCCAACCAAAGAGGUCCGAUGUGGUUGUAGUGACUUGUCCGCAGGCUAGUGUGAGGCCUACUGGAGAUAGCCGUUGCAGAAACGAGCUUUCCAAUGUUGCGCUUGAAGUAGAAGGCACUCCACCACUGCGAAUAAAGUACAGGACGACCGUGAACGGUAUUCCUCGAGAAGCCUCAGAGUUCCAAAGCCUACAGCCCGAGGACUUCGUGUCCCCACUUACGAAGCAUGAGACUAAUGCCUUGGUUCGAGCCAACGAGGAAGAUGUCUCAUGGGCUCAAUCACACAAACUCAUGGUUCCUCUGAACGAAACUCUCAUCAAGAGCGGCAAAUGGACGUACUCUGUAGAGGAGGUGCAAGACGCCGUCGGGAACAUCAUCAACUACGUCGAGUCCGAGGAGGAUGAGAAGCCAAGAGCACGAAGCGAUAGUCUUCUCCAAACGUUCACCGUGCAUGAGAGGCCAACGAUAGUCCUAGACGGUUGCGAUUCUCGAAAUCCACUUCGAUCUGCCAAAGGAGAAAAGGCACGUAUGCCUGUUCGGUACGGUUCGACCGCGCCUGGCAAGAAGGCGAUCUUCGGACCGGCACACACUGUCGAAUAUCUCUUCACUCCUGAAGAUGAUGUCCUCCCGAAUGGCGGUCACAGCUUGACGGCUCAGCCCAUACGAACAGUGUUAGAAACCACCAACAAGCAACCGAUAAUAUCUGAUGCUGGACUGUACACUCUAAAGUCGGUGUCUACGAAAUACUGCACAGGAGAGGUUCUCGAGCCUGCGACAUGUGUUCUCCAGCACCCACCGGAGCCUGACCUAGUUUUGUCAAGUCAGAACAUCACAGAUAAAUGUGCUGGGAGCCCCAUUGGCCUUCGAGUAGCUCUCGACCUGAUCGGCACUCCCCCUUUCAUGGUCCAUUACACUGAGCACAAGAAGGGAGAUGUUCCACGUCCGAAGAGAGCCCGCAUGACAUCCCUCAGAGGUCAAAUUGAUUUGACGCCGCCUGCGGCAGGCCAUUAUACGUACACUUUCAAAGCGAUCAGCGACGAGGUUUAUGCAGAAAAGUCGCUCAAACCGGAACUUGUUCUUGAACAAGACGUCAAACCGUCUGCAUCAGCCCAUUUCGCUCACUCUGGAUCCUUGGAAACAUGCAUCGACGAAGCUGCCUCAUUCAGCGUUAUCCUCCAAGGCGAAAGCCCUUGGACCCUGGAGUACGAUCUGGUCCACUCCGGAAAACGCAAGAAACACCAUGUCAAAGACAUACACGAUGAAGAGUAUACCAUCCACACGGAAAAACUUACCAGCGGUGGUGAAUAUACGCUAUCAUUGGUUAGCAUUACAGACCGCCAGGGCUGCAAGGAAUUCCUGAAGGAGCAAUCCACGAUCAACGUUCGUCACGAGCGUCCUAAGGCAUACUUUGGACAGAUCGAUGGCAAACGCGUCAUUCGAACCCUCGAAAGGAAUCAAGUGCAGCUGCCAUUGAAGCUCACGGGUACAGGACCGUGGAACUUAAAGUACAAAACACCACAAAAGGUAGAGAGCCAAAGGAUUUAUAAUGCCAAUGACUUUAUCACGACAAAGGAGGAAGGCAUUUAUGAGCUUCUAUCAGUUAAAGAUUCCAUAUGCCCAGGAUCUAUCGACGAAAACGCAAAGCAGUUCGACCUUGCUUGGGUGCCUCGCCCUAAACUCAAGAUUGCAGAGACAGCUACCACAAUAUUCGAAGGAGGGUUCUAUGUCAAGGAUGCCGUGUGCGAGGGCGACGAAGACUCCUUCGACGUCAUCUUGAGUGGUACUCCACCAUAUGAGGUCUCGUAUGAACAGCACUUCAAGGCUAAGAGAGGUGGCAAGGCACUUGGCCAGGCCAAAAAGGACCUCAAAUCCGCGUUAGGACUAGCAUCAGUUCGCACCGACACCUCUCAGUCUGGUUUCUAUGAAUACAAGUUUACGCGACUUGGAGACAACAAUUAUGAUCACGACUUUAAGAAGUUCCAGCCUGUUGUCCUGCAACAGCUAGUCAAUCCUCGGCCAGAGGCUCGUUUCAACAAUCCUGGAAAGACUUACAGCUACUGCUCUCGCGAAGCAGAAGGGGAAGAAGUCAUCCCAGUCACCUUCACCGGCGUGCCGCCAUUCUAUCUCGAAAUCGAAAUAAAGCAUCAUGGCACGUCCAAGCCCGAAACGGUCUCCUUCCCAUCAAUCACCUCUCAUUCGCACAACUUGCGAAUCCCCCACAAAAAGCUCCACCUCGGCCACUCCAACAUCUCCAUCCGCAAAGUCCGCGACGCCCGCGGAUGCACGCGCAAACCGCCCACAUCCUCCCCGCGGGUCCAAAUCUCCGUCCACGACGCCCCGUCCGCCAUCCCCCUCGAGGACCGCAACGACUACUGCGUCGGCGAGCGCCUCAGCUUCCAGCUCAGCGGCCAGAUGCCCUUCUCCGUCUUCUACACCUUCAACGGCAAGCAGCAGAAAGCCCAGUCGCCCGGCACGACCUUCCGCCGCAUGGCAGAGCUCCCUGGCACGUUCACCAUCACGGGCCUCAAGGACAGCGCAUCGGAAUGCUUGGCGUCUACACCUGCUAACAACCCCUUGCUCACCAAGGUGAUCCACCCGAUCCCCUCGGUGCGCCUGUCGCGAGGGCUGGAGAGCCGCGUCGACAUCCACGAGGGCGGGGAGGCAGAGCUGCUCUUCGAGUUCACGGGUACCGCGCCGUUCGAGUUCACGUAUACGCGUUCUACGAACGCUAGGAAGGGGGUUAAGAGCAAGGUGCUCGAGAUCCGGACUGAGACUAGCUACGACCACAGCAUGCGCAUCCGGGCGAGCGAGGAGGGGACGUACGAGGUCAUUAGCAUCAAAGACCGGUGGUGUAGUUUUGCGAAGGCGACGGAGGGGACGGCAGCGGGGAGGGGGCAGAAGCUUUUGACGUAUUGAAUGGGGUUGGGCGGAUCUUGCAUUUGCUGGCGUUCUGAGCCUAUGAAGUUGAUAUUGGAGACAGGUCUCCGUUUUUGCGGGACCGGGGGUUGAAAUCUGGAUAGGAUGAAAGCAUAUUAAUUUUUCUACAUCACGGUUUUUGAGUCACGCGUCUUUGCUUGGCUGUAUAUGCCAGUACUCGAGGUAAUAAUGUGAGGGUCUGUACAAUUAAGGCCGUUGAUGCAGAGGGGCUAGGGUAUGUAGUCUAUGCCCGGUUUUCCCAAAAGGCAGCUCAACCGGGGAAGCUACGAGCGGACAGAGAAGCGAAUGCAGCAGGCCGAACAAUCAAGGGUUGCUCCGCAAGAAACCCUCUACGAUUUCGGGCUUCGCCGCGUCUACGCGCCGGUCCUGCUCCUUCUCUUCUUCCGUCUUCUCC